GCCCGUGAGCACCGUUUCCUCUUUCGCUUACCGCGAUUCUUCACCAGGCACAGCUUCGGAGAAGUCUGCUUUGCUAAUCUGACAAAAAAAGACCAAAUCUACACUUUAAAAAGUAACAUGAAUGCAGUUAGUUGCUGGCACUGGCUUGUAUUCACUUCUUGGGACUGAUAAUAUAAAUUUCUGGUGCUGAGCCGUGGAGCUUGUGCAAGACUGCUUCAAUGUAUCUCCUCAUGUGUGUGUUUAAUGAGACCGUAUGAGAGUGACAGAAGAGAGUGACAUAUUGGUGAGCCAGCAAUGUAUGUCUAUAAGCAGUAGCAUACACGCUGUGUGUGUCUGGGUGUGUAUGUGUUGAGUGUGUGUGUGAUGUCGGGUGACACCAGCACCCUGUCCUGGAGGAGCGUGUCUCCCACCAGCCAGUCAGAUUCCUCGGAUCUGUCUCCCUCGGCAACUGUCACCAGGGACGGCAUCUUCCCGGUGAAGAUCAUCAAAGUGUGUUUCCUUAGCAACAGCUCCAACCUGGGCAAGAACUUCAAACUGGUCCGCUGUGAGGAGGGAUGGACUGUCAAGGAUGUUGUUAAAGUGGUGUUGUCCAGUGGCUGUGUGGGUCCAGACAUAAAAUACACCUUAUGCUACGGCCUUCUACUCAAACACCUCAAGUCCUCGGUGAUACACUGGCUGCACCCAGACCUGACUGUGUCUGAACUCACCCAGCGCUACGAGCAGCAGCACCUAGAAGCUGAGUGGAGAUAUGACCUGAGGAUCAGAUACAUCCCAUCAGACUUCUUGGAGAAAUUUAAAGAUGACAGAACCACGAUGCUGUACUUUUACCAGCAGGUACGAAGUGACUAUAUGCAGCAGUAUGCCUCAAAAGUCAGCGAUGGGAUGGCUCUACAGCUUGGUUGUCUGGAAAUUAGGAGAUUCUACAAAGACAUGAAUCCAAACGGACUGGAGAAAAAGUCCAACUUUGAGCUAUUAGAGAAGGACGUAGGGCUGGACCUGUUCUUUCCCAGAGAGCUGAUUGACAGCAUGAAGGCCAAACAGUUACGUCGGCUCAUCCAGCAGACGUUCCAGGGCUACUCCACUCUGAAGCAGGACCAGUGCAUGGCCCGGUUCUUCACCACUCUGGCUCAGUGCCACAGCUACACACAGGAGAGCUUCGCCUGCCAGCUAGUGCACGGUUGGAGUCUAACAAUAGACCUGGUCAUCGGCCCUGACGGCAUCAGUCAGCAAAUAGAAAACUCCACGCCUGUCUGUUUGGCCACAUUCUCUCAGGUGCGCAGUAUCUCCUGCUCUGCUGAGAGUGACGGUCGGGCUCUGCUCACUGUAAACAUAGAGGGAGCCAAACAGCCGCUGUCAGUGAACACCUCCUCUCUGGCUAUGGCGGAAAACAUGGCCGACCUGAUCGACGGCUACUGUCGGCUGGAAGGCAGCUCUGAGAGGUCACUCAUUACCAGGCCCAGCAAAGGGAGAGACGCAAGACAGAAACUACCUGACAUCCCAAAACCUGUUGUUUCCACUGGUCCCAGCAAAGGUUCGGACAUUUAUGCUGAGAUUCCAGAGGGCACAGCAGACACUGGUGAGAAGUACAGGAUCUCCAGAGAUGACAUUGUCGUGGGUCGAAUCCUGGGUGAGGGAUUCUUCGGAGAGGUUCACGAUGGAGUUUAUAAAAGCCCCACUGGAGAGAGGAUCAAUGUGGCCAUCAAAACCUGUAAGGACUGUUCGGCUGAGGUGAAGGAGAAGUUUCUCAGUGAAGCUGGCUUGAUGAAAAAUCUGGAUCAUCCCCACAUUGUGCGACUGAUCGGAGUCAUUGAAGUCGAUCCUGUCUGGAUCGUCAUGGAGCUCUAUGAGCAUGGAGAGCUGGGGAGCUAUCUCCUGGAGGAGAAGUACAUCCUGACCACGGCAACUUUGAUCCUGUACUGUUUACAAAUCUGCAAAGCCUUGGCUUACCUGGAGGGACUCAAUAUGGUGCACAGAGAUAUAGCGGUGAGAAACAUCUUGGUGGCUUCUCCUGAAUGCGUCAAGCUUGGUGACUUUGGUCUGUCUCGCUAUGUUGACGAACAAGAGUAUUACAAAGCCUCAGUCAGUCGAUUACCGAUCAAAUGGAUGGCACCAGAGUCCAUCAACUUCAGACGCUUCACCACAGCUAGCGAUGUCUGGAUGUUUGGUGUGUGUGUAUGGGAGAUCUUCUCCAUGGCCCAGCAGCCAUUCUUCUGGCUGGAGAACGGGCAGGUGAUCAACCAGCUGGAGUCUGGAGUUCGACUCCCUAAAUCGCAGCAAUGCCCACCCCCGGUCUACUCCCUGCUCACCCGCUGCUGGUCCUACGAGCCGCACGGCCGGCCCACCUUCAGCCAGCUCGUCUGCUCCUUCAGUGACAUCCACAGGAUGGAGUUGGAGCAGGGGUCGAGGCGAGACAGACCGUGCUCCACCGCAUUGACAUUUAACCCAAACCUCACCACAGAGCCUCCACCCAAGCCAUCCAGAGUACAAGGCAACACCCUUCCUCGAAUCACAAACAUACAGGGAAAAAACAGAGAUACCCGGCCAGUGUGGGAGAAAGAGAAAGAGCAAGUGGAGGACACUUUACAAAGACAAAGAAGAGAGAUGCUGAUGGAUAAACAGUGGCUGGAGCAAGAGGAGAGACAACUGGACCUGGUUGUGCGAGUGGAUACACACCUCAAGCCACCCAAAAAAAGCCCAGAAAAUGGUCCUCCAGAGAAGCCACCAAUGCCUCCCACAAUCACACAGCCUCGGCCCACAGCUGAGCUGGACCGAUCAGGUGACCAGGUUUACCUCAGCGUCAUGGCGAUGGUGAAACAGGUGGUCCAGCUGAAGAAUGAUGUCAACACACUGCCAGCCUCUGAGUAUCCCAACGCUGUCAAAACGGUUGGUAUCACUCUCCGUAGCCUGAUCCAAAGUGUCGACGAGAUCCUGCCCUCUCUGCACAGCUCCAUUACAACAGAGAUCGAGGGCACUAAGAAAUUGCUGAACAAGGAUUUAGGGGAGCUGAUCAACAAGAUGCGACUGGCCCAGCAGAACUCCGUAACGUCGCUGAAGGAGGAAUGUCAGCGGCAGAUGCUGGCAGCCGCUCACACUCUGGCACUGGAUUCUAAAAACCUGUUGGACGCUGUGGACCAGGCUCGAGUCAGGGCCAACCUGGCCAAGCCCAAACCUGUCUCACAAGAAGCAGAGGAUCCUGGGGAAUGAAAUUCCCUGUUGAUCAAAUGGACUUUAAAAAAAGGACAUGAAAUUUGGGUCGAAUUAUAAGCGGAUGAGUUACUGUUUUCAUGCCGAUGACAAGAUGUGAUAAUAUAUUUGUUUUUUCUCCUAAAAAAUAAAAUCAUGUUAACUUGAAGGGGACCUAUUAUGCUUUUCCUUAUUUUAUGUGAAAUAUAUAUAAUGUUACAGUAUCGAGUGUUUAUAUUAAACAUGGCCACAGUUUCAAAGAAUGAGGUAAAUGAGCUUUCUCAAUACGUUUUUUUUAUUUUUAUUUUUUUUUAGAAAAUUUGACUACAAUCUGAUGUCAAAUCGUGACAGAUUUCUUUUUGGUCAUCUGCUCCAGGCAUGCUAUUGCGAGCGUUUAAAUCACAUACACUGCUACAUGCGAAUGCCAGGGAAAUGUAAUCGUUUUUGCAGAUGCUGUUAAUUUUCCCCGAUUUCAGAUCACAUUCCCGCUGGAGCAUGUCCGGUUUGUGGAUAUAGAAGCUUUAAUUGGUGAUUUUUCACAGUGGAGAGUGCUGCUGUACUCCAUUCCCCCAGCUGUAAGUACACCGCUACAUGUAGCUACAUGCUAACGUCAGGGAAACAUGUAAUCUUGGUUCCUAAUGUUCUUAAUUUCUCCCUGAUAUUGGAUUAUAUUUCUGCCGUAACAUGUCCAGUUGUGAAGAUUUUGGUUUACAAGCUUUUAUUGGUGAUUUUUCACAGUGAAAAGUGCCGCUAUUCUCAAUUACAGUCGUUCCCCGGCUUCAACGACAGUGCAGAGCCACCGAGAUAUGGAAGACCCAGAAACAUGGACCAGUCAGAGCAGACUGGGCUUUGUCAGGAGGAGGCGCUAAAAAGGAGCAUUUCAGACAGGGGGUGAAUACAGGUAUUCCAGUACAGACAAUAUGGGAAAAAAAGAGCUUUUUGAACAUUAAAGCACAAACCUAAAAGUGAGCAUAAUAGGUCCCCUUCAUAAUGAGCACGCCUUGAAGCUGAACAAAUCAAACUACCACAUUGUAUCAAAGCAAUAAAGUUUAUACAUAUUUUCCUUUUUUUUUUUUUUAAAUUCUUUUUACUAUUAAAGGCAUUCUGCACUA